UCCUCCCUCUCGCUCUACGGUUCAUUUGAUUUUUGGAUGCUUUUUAAUGGCCGAGGCCACAGGUCGAGACUCAAUCUCUAGCUUCCCAGCAAUGGCUGUUAAUCAGUGUCAGGUCGCAGCGGUUUCCAAUGGAGUUCACGUUCAAGAAAAACUAGCGAAAGUUAAUAGACUUGACGAGGCGGAGCGUCAUUGUUCUUUAGAAAUUUUGCCAAUUCUCUUUGAGAAGGCUUCGUUCCCCUUCCAAAGCUCUUCGGUCCGUGAUUCCUCUGGCAGUAACGAGGAAUUUGACAAUAGUCCAGAUUGUGAUCCACAUUUAGCUUUCCUCAGCAUCCUGGAAGUUACCCAUCCAACGAAAAGUAGGAUGUCCUUGGAAACUUCGGAUACCCGCUUGACUUGCCAGAACGUAAUUGACAUACAUGUGAAUGGUGGAGAUGCUUAUUCGUCGUGCAUAGUAAAUAUUGAUAUAGAUAAGGACAAGCUGAAAACGUCUAAACCCUGUGACGGAAUUUUUGAAAGUUUGAAAACUGACAAUACAUUGGUGCGCAUAGAGAAGGUAUUGCAGAGACAGUCCAGCCUUAAAUUGGGCGUGAAACUUGUGCAAUAUUUGUUGGACCAUGGACUGAUGUUACUGAAGUUCUCGACUAAAGAAAAAUUAGGGACCGAGAGGGUUCACGACAUGCCAAACAACCGGUGGAGAAAAUAUAAACGUGCCGCCUCGUUUGAUUCAAGAAAGAUUGUUAUUCUCUUCUCAGUAUUGUCAAGCUUGGGAACCUUGAUAUUGAUAUAUUUGACUCUGAGAGUAAGGCAGCAGGGUGGAGAUGGGUCUGUUGUUGCUAUGUAACAGUUUCUGCUGUCUGGUUUUGCCUUUGCCUUUCCAUAGUCUCUUAAAAUAGUUGGUUUUUAAUUUUUAUCUCCUUGUAGAACAUAUUUUAAGGUAUGUGAUUGUUACCUUUGUACAUAAAUGCCUUCCACUUUCUAGUUGCCUUAGGAAUUGAUCACACUGGUGAAUGCGUUGGUAAAGAAUAUUGAAAUCUCCAAAUCGUUGAUAGAAAAGAAAGGUUGAGGUCUUAGUUUUA